UGAAAUAUGCAUUCGUUGCCUAUGGUGCUUGUGUAUAAAUUACUGUGUUUCUUACAUUUUGAUAUUGCCUUGAAAAAAUGUUCCAAGCGUAGCAAGCAAACUGUUCUAAUGGCUUCACCGAUUCGAAGAAGCGGUAGAUUGCAGCUUGCAGAGAUUAAGAAAAGGCCAAAAGUACACGCAGCGCAUGUCGACUUGGGCGAGGAUGACAAAGAUUGUGUGGAUGAUGGUGGUGCAAAUGGGAAUGAUAAUGCUGGUUCAGAUGUGUCUGGUGAUGAUGCAGUGAGUGGGGGAGAUGACGGUGGGAGUGCAGAAGAGGAGGCUGACAGUGAUGAUGCAUUUGAUGACCCACCUCGAAAGACAUCAACUGACCCUUCACCGAGUGCUUCGAGGAAGAAUGGUGCAUCAGUAAAGAAACGAAAGAGACAGGGGAUAACCAAAAUGAAGGAGAAGUACUUGCGAAUCCAGUUGAGAGCUUCUCCAAACGUUUUGCAGAAAGUGGUUGAAGCUCUGAACGAAGUUCAGAGGCAGGAAGUUGUGAGGAUUGGGUUCGGGUCUAUGUUACGGAUGAAGUUAACUGAGCUUCCGGCGAAACUAGGAUUUUGGGUGGUAGAGAAAUUCAAUCCUAGGAGCAGCAGUAUUGAACUUUCAGAUAGAACAAAGGUGCGUGUGACGGUGGAUGAUAUUAGACAUGUUUUGGGUUUACCGUGUGGGCGUGUGAAGGUAGUGAACAAAAAAAGCCCAAGCCAUGGGUAUGUAAACAAUUGGGUUUUGAAAAGCUUAGAGGAUGUGGAUGGGAUUGUACAGUUAAACUGGUGUGAAUAUGUGCCCCGAGCAUUGAUUGAUAGUAGGGUGAAGUGGGAGAAGGGGAACAGAAAAUACUAUACUGGACCUUUGUUGUGCUUGAUGGUGUUCUAUAGUAGAGACGUGGAGAGAAUGUCGCCUGCAUUUCUGGGAUGGACAUCUAAGAUCCUAAGGGAUAGGGAAAACAAGGAGGGCAAAGCAGGUGGAUUCGGGUUGGGGUAUGACGAUGGUAGAUUUGUUGGUGAGGUGAUGGAUGUGAGCACUGGUGACGCAGAAGUUAGGGCAGGUUUUGAGGAGGUGAAUGUGGAAACUAGUAAUGAUGAUGCGCCAGAACCGAGGGGAGAGCCGAGGGAUGAUCCGGUCAAGGUUUUUGUUCAAAAGUUUGCAGAAAAGGGGAAAGUACUGGCUACCACAAUCAUCGAACUAGUGUCGUUGAUAGAGAGUGCACCACCUGGUACCAUGGAGAAUGAUGUUUUCAAGCAGCUACAGGUUGCAGCAGGUAGAUUAUUGGGUCUGGCACAACGUAGAGGGGGUGGAAGCUUAGAAACACCUGAUGGAGCUUUUUCUGAGGUGACUUAUGAUGAAGGUUUCUGGAGCGACCCUGCAAACAUAAAUCAGUUAGUGGCGAAUGAACAUGCAGUGCUGCCACGUUCAAAAUACAAGAAGAUCAUGGAGGAUAUGUCAUCGUUCAGUCUGGGGUUCUCACAAUUGGAUGGAGAGAAUGAGAAUGUGAAUAUUGAUGAUGGUGAUGUCGGUGCUUGCAGAAAUACUCCUAGUACUCCUGGAGUUCGGGUUGUGAAUGAGCCGGAGAGUAACACUGUGGUUGAAAAUGUGUUCAUAACACCUGGACAAGUGCAGUAUCAUGUGGGAGAUGGAGUUGAUAGGGAUUUGGCUGGUGGAAGCAGGAUUCAGCCGGACCAGAUUGGAAUGACAGAGGUUGCUGGUGUGAGUGCAGUGGGUGAUGGAAAUAUGCCAGGAACUGUUCCAGAGGUGAAGCCAUACAAGGUAGCAAGGAAGUUGGCUAGGAGCAUAAAACCUGUCGGGCCUUUGAGAUCACCCUACCUUACGCGACCGAUUGGUCCUUCCGAUGGGUUGUCUGUCCUGGAGAGGAGAGUUACGAAUUGGGUGUUGCAAAAUCUGAAUGCUCCAAAGGAUGAAGCUGUGUUCAUGAAGGAUGGAUUUGAGUUGACAAGAGGUGAAAUUGCGUCAUUGGAUAUAGGGAAGCAUAUUUCCAAGAGGGUGAUAGAUGUUUGGUCAAUAAUACUCAACCACAAUGAGAAAUUCAGAAGUGACGAUUCCCCGUUGCGUGUGUUUGCUAGGAGCAUGGAUUGUUUUUUCUUUCCUAUAAUGCAACACAACUGGGCAUAUGUGUUGUGUGUUGACCUAAAAAGCAGACGAUGUGACAUCCUGGAUAGCUCUUCGGCGAAAGCAAAAAACGAAGACAAAUAUUGUGACAUGCCAAAGCGAGUUAUGAGGUUGUUGGCUGAUUUUCUUGAGCAGCAGAGGUUUGUUUUCAAAGGUAAAUGUGUUAGAGAAAUGGUUGCUAAGAGAAUUACGUUCCCGUGGAGAGAUCCGAAGGCUACGUUUGGCUAUGGUGUGGCAACCAUGCGCCAUAUGGAGACGUAUAUGGGGGAUGGUGGCAAAGGAUGGAACAGUGGCUUGUCAAGGUUAAAUCUGAAGCCUAUGCUAUUGCUGCGAUGUAAGUACUGUGCAGGUAUACUUCUAAGCCCAGUGAAUGCACUGUUGGACAAGGUUUACGAAGAGUCGGAGAAACUCGAAAGGGAGAGGAAGGAAAAGGAUCCUAAGUGAACCCACCCCUGGAAUGGCUGCAUCUUAUUUUUGUGUGUUUGUUGAAUUAUUUUAAUUUGUUGUUGGUGAAAGUUGGUGACACCAUUCAUUGAUGGAAGUGUUGUUUUGGGAUUGAGUUAUCAGCCCAUAGUUGGGUGUUUUUUUUGUGUGGAUUUGAGACCGUGGUUUUUUUUGUAGAUGGUGUGAAUGGUUAUGGUUUUUUGAAUGAAGUUGUGGUGUUGCA